AUGUCUGAGCCUGCCGCCGUAGAACAGCAACCCCAGCGGGUCGACGAGACUCCAAUUUCACCUAUUAGACCAGAUGCAGCCAGAAAGAACUCGCUCGAGAAUCACCUGAUGCACCGACCUAAUCGUGCGGAGCUCGUAGAAAAACUUACUGAUAAUUAUCACUGGGCAGAGAACAUCCUACCGGCAUCGUCUGCCGCACCAGGCCUUCUCGCACACCAGAAAGAGCUGGAAAGAAGUAUGCUCGAGGACAAACUCAAUGACAAGAUUUCUCACCGCCCGAGUCCAGAAGCCCUGGUUAAAGGCGGUGUCUUGCAUGAAGAUCCACGAACUGCGGACCAACAAUAUGAGGAAGCAAUUGAAGACGAGUACGCGAAGCGUGAGGGUGGCGCUUAA